GGUUCAGCUGGUGAAGCAGAGCCAGACCCCGGCGACAAAAUCCAGCAGGAGAGGCCAGGGACAGCGUGUGCGGCCCAGGAGGGGGUGAGCAGUGCCCGGGGACCUGGGGAGCAUCAUCCCAGGGUGGCUUCGAGCCCCACGAUGCCCCUGUCUCAGAGCAGGGCCAGGCAGCUGCCGUGCAGCAGCAAGGUGUGCAGGAACCUCUUUGGCCCCGUGGACCACGACCAGCUCCAGAAUGACCUUGACGACCUGUUGAGGCAAAACCUGGAAGAAGCUCAGCAGCGCUGGAACUUCGACUUUGAGACGGAGACUCCCUUGGAAGGACACUUCAAGUGGGAGAGGGUCUUCCUGGAUGACCAGCCACCCCAGGAGGUCCGCAGCCCGGUCAAGAUCACCGGCGGUGAGAGCAGGAGCUCCUUGGUCCACAAGGUCUCCCCCAAGAGCCGUCUUGGCAGGAUUCGCCCUGAGGAGUCUCAGCAGAGCUUGGAGAUUCAUAGGGCUGGUUCCCCAAAGAUCUUGAAGCGUGGGCAGAGCACCAUCAAAGACUUCUACAGCUCCAAGCGGAGGAUUGUCCCCGACAAGCCCAAGCCGUGACCUGGUGGCACUCAGCUGUGCCAUUGGGGACAGCUGCUGACACUGUGCCCUGGGGGCGUCUGUGGCUCUUUCCCCCUACCCUGGACUGUGUAAGCUGUCUGUACAAAUCAAUGUAGAGUCUGUAAUUCCCUAUUUAUGAGUAGCUCGGGGGUCCUGAGGGACCUUCACUGUGUGCAAUGUAGAGGAGUAGCCCACGUCGAGGGUCGUAGCCCCACGGAGGGGACAGAGAAUCGAAACAGGGCCGGUGGGACUAAGGUGUUUCCCUGCCUGCAGGCAAGAAAGUGUCUUCUGCCCUGUGUUGGUGGGACCAAACAGCAUCCUUGCGCUGUCCUGCUGUGGUCCUUCCCCUGCCUGAGGGCUGGCCACAGAGGACACUUGUGUCCCAGCCACCUGGUGGCACCAGAUAUCUUUAAGAAAGGGUCACCCACAUGGAUCGUAGAGCCCUGGGACAGCCUGGCCCUGAGGCCUCCCUUGCUGCUGGCACAUGGGGGUGUCCUGUUCCCAGCAGGAUGGACCCGGGGUGGCAGGUCCAUGCGCAGAACCAGAAUAACAAUGACGUGUGGGCUGCUCCUCCCCACAGCUGCUUGGAGGAGGAAGCGCUGUCCCUGGGCAGCCCCUCCCUUCGGGUGACUCACCGGUGCUGUCACCCAUCAGUUGGUGACAAACCCGCUGGAGGUCCCCAGCGCUGGGCUCAUUGUGGGACCAACACUGCCUGGGAGGCUUCGGGGUUCCCUGGACUCUGCUGACCCAAAAUCCCACUUUCUUACCUUGUUCUUGGCUUGUUGAGUGGUGCUGCUUGUCCUGCUGUUCCUGCUCCCUCAGCACUGACUGGGCUGGGGACCUGGCCGGGUUGGGCUGCUCGAGGGAGGAAGGAAUCCUGCUCACCAGCAAGGAUGACAUUGAAAGAUGAAAUUGUAGCUUUUUUCCUGGACUUUUUCUCCUUUGGGGUUGGGGGGAGAGAGGACCCUCACCUGGCUCUGUCUUCGAUGGCCUCUGGGACCAAGUGAUGUCCUGGAGCGAAUGCUGCUUGGUCCCAGCUCUGAAGGAUGAGUCCCUGCCCUUGAAGGACUCGACACUGUCAGGUCUCAGCACUUUUGUGGGGUUCAUCUCCUUCUCUGGUGGAUUUGGGCUCUGGAAACUGGUGCAAGAUGGUCCCAGGCAGAAAAGGAACGGGGUCAGCCUCCCGCCUUGCACUGCCAUGCACUUUGCUGUCAGAGAAGCUGGCAAGCUCCCAGCACUAAAUGUUUAUUUAUAUAUAUUAAAAAAUAAUUGCUAUUAAGUGUAUGUGGGGGGCGAAGGGGAAAUCCCUGUUUGUCUGUAAGUUAACUCUGAAUAAACACUUGUGUAAGGGAA